GAGGAGCGUAGGGGAAAACCUCCUCGUCUUCUUUGGGACAGUUAUCUUUUUUGAAACGAGGAUUCAGAAGGAAGAAUAAUUGGAGAAGUGCGGUUUUUAAUUAAACUGUGAACAUGUGAUAUCAUUCCUCCAAAAGCGUUUUUCAUAAUCGUCUGGAAUUAAACUUUUCGAAUUUUACAAAGGAUAAGGAUUUAUUACUAGUUCAGGAACAUGAACAUCAUCUGGAUUUUACUGCCCCUUUCCUACAUCGUCCUAGCCACCAGCCAGGAACUGAGAUCAGAUCCCGCACCCAUCAUUUAUCCCGGACAGGUUAACAUCGGGCUGCUGUCCAAUGUCCACGGACCGUCACGGAACGGUACGGAGGGAUGUGGCACCCUGAGACCAGAAGCCGUUAAGCGCGCCAUGGCUUCCGUUUGGGCUGCUCACCAGUCUAAUUUUUGGAAAGAUGAUCCUCAAGAACUCAAUAUUGGUAUCUAUAUAUAUGACACUUGCGGUCGCGAAGAUGUUGCAGAAAGGCAGAUAUACAGGCUUCUCGGACACGUGGGACACGUACAGACAACUGAUUGUUCUGAGAAGCGAAUUCCACCUCUUUUUGCCGUCAUCACCGAAGGGGACAGUGAGUCCUUAAAGGUACCGCUGAAGCUGUUGAGCGCCUUUUCGGUCCCUGUAAUCUCUACAUCUGGACCAACAAUGCCUCAAAUUCAACUUCUGAGCACAGCACACUCCACGGAAACACUUGCUAAGGCUGCAGUCAGUGUCCUGCGGAAGAUGGGACUGUUCGAUGUGGCCGUGAUGGCUGAAGACGACCCUCCCACCAGCCUCUUCCGAGACUUUUCCGCUCAAGCCCAGGUGUCUGGAAUGCAGCCGAUUCAGGUGGAGCAAGCCACUGAGUACGACGACGAUGAUUUUCUAUCCACUCUAAAGAUGAUUUCGCAGUACGGAAAGUCACGACUCAAAGCUGUUGUAUUCCUGCUGGGACCAGAGCAGGCUCUUCAUCUAUUGCGAACCGUCAAUAAUACUUCUCUACCCGAAAUUCCAUGGGUUAUAGUGACUCCGUCCGACAUUGCAUCUGAAAUAAUAUCAACAUUUUCAAAGAAACAACUUCGGAAGUUAGAAAAGGUUCUGAUACUGUCCCCGAAAUCGACUACCAUUCCUGAGUUUGAGACUUAUUUCAAUCAAUUAUUAGAAGAAGACACCAUCAAAUACCAUCCUCUACUUCAGGAAUAUUUGCAGGUUGUUUCUGGAAAUAAAUCUGAAGCUCCACCGUUUCCUGACUUAUAUAUAGACACUGAACCAACAACUUUGCAACCUAUGACAUUCAGAAACGUCACUGUUGGCCACUCUUCGAACAUCAGUCCUUCUGACGUAUCUGCAACUGUUAAAGCCAUUUGGACCCUAGCGGCUGCUUUGAAGUCAGUCCAGAAGAGAUCCUGUCGACGUGGUACAGAUUGUCUGUUGUACUUGAGAAGGAGCCUGAGUUCCUAUGUGGCCAGAGCUGCUACAGGUUUGGAUUAUAUGAUGGAUCAUGGUGCAGAAAGCCUCAAAGGUGAGCGUUUGAAAUUCAAAGAAGAUGGUUCCCUAAUAUCUGCAAGAUAUAUCCUGCGUGGAUUUACCCCAGAAGGAGACAUGAAGGAAGUUGGUGCUUAUAACGACUAUGAAGGCUUGGACCUCGAUGCUACAGUCUUGCAACCUAUUACAAGCCACACUUUCACUGAAUCCACAGCUGUUCCGACAACCACAACUCCAGAACCAGACAUUAAGUUUAAACUGAAACCAGAUAGAGUUCUACCGUCUCCCAAUCCAACUCCCUCGAAUGCAACAGAAAAAGAGUUCCUGUCCUCUGUAUUGCCAAUCAAUGCUAAAGAUUAUUUAGAAUGGAAGAUAUUAGAUGAUACUUCUGUAACUGAAAUGUCCACAGAAAAGAUCAUUGAAAUAACCCCCCGCCCGAUUUCUGGAGGGCUUGAGAGUGACAUCGACUUAGUGGUUGCCGUCCAUGAAGAAGAUUUACAGAAUAUCGGAGGCAACCGUUCAUCUACACACCGUGAGUUAGAGGAGGGAAGAGAUGUCGUCAUCAUCGGACCCUCGUACAGAGGCGAAAGCAGAGAUUCAUCAUCUUCUAAUAUGAGGUCCAUUUCUCUGACCAGUCACCAUGAGCCCAGACUCAACGAUGCUUACAGAGCAGAACCUUCUCCUAACCAAAUACCCAACGUACCAAAAUCUUCACCGACUUCUACGGAAGACGUGAAAGUAAUCCGUGCUGCGCAUGGCCGGCACGUAUCAGCGUGGCUAGGACGUCCCUGGGCUUUGUCUGUACUAGGCGUCUGCGGCAUCCUCAUAUUGAUUACCCUGUACGUCCUCGUAUUCCUCAUGGUAAAAGCUUGCGAAGGGACGCUGAAGAAAACAAACUGCUGCUUGGCCGGGACGCAACUAGUAUCUUUACUUUGCCUCUAUUUAGCAGCUGCUCUUUAUACGUGGAAACCAUCAGCUCUUCUUUGCGGACUGCAAAGAUUAAUGCCAAAUGUGAGCCUUGCUUUCUGUUAUGGAUGCCUUCUUCUGAAAGGCAUGUACUUGAGAGCUCAGAACAACUUAGGUCUAGGAGGAAGUGUUAACCGAUGCAAUCAGAUGCUGACCUUGUUGUUCAUUGUCGGUGUCCAAGUAGCCCUGGAAACUCAGUGGUGGUUGAUUCGACCACCUGUUUUAGCUACAGAGGCAUUAGAGUGUUCGAUCGGGAAGAUUGAUAUUUUGGAAUCGCAAGGAUACGUUGCUUUCUUGUUGCUCUUAAACACAGCUCUUGCAGUAUCUACAAGAAAGAUUCCUUACAACCAGCCAGAAAGUCGAAGCUUGAUAAUCACCUCCCUUUCCUGUCUCAUGAUAUUUCUUUCGUGGGAUAUAGCUUGUUGGCUGCUACCGGAUGCUGCCAGCAGAAACAUUGCAGCACCUUCCACCCUAAUGGCAACAGCAUUGGUCGUUCUUCUUGGCGUGUUUGGACCACAACUGGUCACUAUCCACAAGUACGGGGGAUUCCCACACAAGCCAUUGUCAUAUGCAGACUCUUUGUCGACAGUGUUCACCAUGUUCAAAGAUCUGGACAACGCAUCGAGUAGCGGCACCACUGCCCGUGGCAAAAAGAAUGCCAAAACUCUUGAGACUCCUUUUGCUGCGGAACUGGGCGAAGGAACGAGAAAUCCUUUGUAUAACGAUUAUCAAUCUGCUUAUCCUUGAUGCUGGGGAUUUAAUGACUUACUCGAAAACGAGUCUUUGGAUUUAUUUAUGAAUCAAAUGAACAAUCUUGAUUGGGUAUUAUAAUGUUGCUGGGCUGAACCAACUUUAUAACCAAGUAUGGACAUUCUUCAACUGUUCUGUUCAUCUACUGGAUAUCGAUACCAGCAAGCGAUUAAAGAAUGGAAUCUUGUGGUCUUAUCUUUUCAAUUAAUUCUGACUUCCCUAGCACCAAAAUUUAAUCGCUUACCGCUCAACUGUAUCGCUACCAUAUGCAUAAUAUGAACUUCUCAAUAGCUUAUAUAAACUUCAGAUAAUGUUUUUUAUGAUCAAGAUGCUCUUUGUUUUGUUUUGUUCCUGUUAAGCUCAUGAUGCCCAUUAACGUUAAAAACUUCAUUUCACUUUCAGAAAAAUCAACUCAAUGACCUUUGUUAGCUUUUCCUAGUGGCAUUAUCUUCCUAUAAUCAAAAGAACGUCCUUUCUCAUCUCGCUUUACAGCUAUAAUUUUCAACUGAUUUAAUUCAUCGUACCAUAAAAACAGUUGAAAAUGUGGUUGUAUUUUUGUAAAAUUGUCAGUUAUAUUUAAGAUCAAAUAACUUAACAUUUGGUAAGCGAGUGGCUGCAUUGUAUGUCUAUUUGAAGAUGUUUGUGGUACUGCACCACAAUAGCCCCAUUUUUCCACAAACAAAGGCAGAUAUGAAAAUUUUAAAUGUAUUUUGCUAGUGGUAAACUCUUGAUUUUUAGACAUAAGUUUCAUUAAUGUCCUCCUGCCAAAUACAAUUUUAUAACUUUGAAAACAGCUAAAAAGAAGCAGAAAAACGUUGCGCCUUUAAAAGGUGUUACCUUCUUUUUUUACCCUCGCAAUGGUAAAAUUUACAUUGAAUUUAAAAUGAAUAUUUUCCACUGAUGCCCUGUCACGAAGAUGAAAAUCACAGCAAUUUAGAACAUAAUACCUUGUAGUAAUCUAGGUAACUAAUAUAGGAUGGGAAGAACCCACCCCGAAUAUUGCUUCUGGCUGCGCCUUUGCGUCUUGAACGUAUCGAAAAACAUUCCUUUCUAUUAUAAAAUGAAGAGCACAGAGAAAGUAGGUUACAUGUCAUUUCUUGUUCGAGUUGAGUUCAGUAUAGCCGCAGAUUGAGUAUUAGUUGAGUAGAAAUUUGCUGCACUUUAAAACUAGUUUGAAAAGAGAAGGAUUAAGCGAAAAAUCAUCCAAAAGUGUUUCUGUACAAUGAAGAAAUAUUGUAGUUUUGAAUUAUAAAAUGCAGUUUUCUUCAACAUUAGAAAGAUUGACCUCUCGCCUUUUUUUCUCUGUGCACUUCAAAUGGGAGAUAUUUAAAAUCAGAAUACUAGUCGAUUGACACAAUCUGAUGAAGUCAAAUAAAAUUUCCUAUUAACUGUUUUAGCAAAAUUUAAAUAGGUAUUGCCCAUUAAAUUUCAUCUAUCACUAUGCCUUGUCGUACAGAAAGCGAAAGGGCCGAGGAUUUUUUCCUUAAAUUAAGCAAACUUGUGCUCUUAAUAUACAGGAUACUUAUAAGUCUGGCCUGAUAAAGAUAAUUCAUUUAAAAAAAACAUUUCAGAUCUAAAGUUUUUUUUUUCUUUCCAUUUUGAUCCUUAGCUCAAAACAUUUUUUUUUUCAACUGAAAUGUUUCUCUACGCAUGAAACUUUCGCACUUCUGAGAAGAUUUAGACGAUUUUCAACUUUGCACCAAACACUAUAGAGUAGCCAAAAUGUAGUUUAAGGGGGGAAGAGAGUUUGGGAAGUGCGACAAUAUCAGGGACUAGGGUGCAGACACUUUGUCAUUGUCAAAACUCCACCGGAAAAAGAAAUCAAUGAGUUUUUUUCUUUCAAUGAUGCCAUUUCCAGUUUUCGAUACUACAGCUAUCUACAUCAAUUUAGAUGGUAUUGUAGCAAUGGAGUUUACCAACUUGACGAAGUAAGGAUCAAACUGAAAAAAUAUAUAUAUAUAUAUAUGUAUAGCUAGUUAUUAAUUAGUUUUUUUUUUUUUUUUUUUUUUCAAAUUUAAAUUUUUUAUGAGAACAAGACUGUAUGAACAACCUGUACAGUUCGCUAAAUCUAAAAUUCCAUUAAAAGAGCGCUGUUUUCCCAGUUGCACUGAAGGUUGCUGUUGAGUAAACUAAGUGUAAUAAGUGGGAAAGUAGGCUUGAUUAGUUCUGGAGAACCUUAUUGAUAAUUGGACGAUACGUCGAACAUGUUGUCGUGAUGUUUAGUACGGCAUUAAGGUAUGCUUUUGCACAUAACAAGAAUUCACUCGCUGCUUCUUUUAAACGAAUAGCUGUAAUUCGAAUGAAACAUCAAAUUAUUUGUAUGUGUUCCAGAACUUUUCUUUGAAGUUUCUGGGCUUCUACUUUGGAACUUAUGAAAUUAAAAGGGGAAAAAAACGCUUUAUGGAAAUUUACAUGGAAAAAUGUUUGGAACUGAUUUUUCUUUUGACGCAAGGCAUGUUCUUAAAGUCGCUAAAAUAAUGGUGAUAGUUCUGCAAAAAAAAAAAAGCUUUUUUUGUUUCUGAAUAGAAAUUGUAUGUUGUGAUAUGGCUUUUGUAUCUGUUUACUAUGUGCUUGUUCUAUUUAUUUGAGAUCGGAAAUUGUUCCUCGUGAUCUGAAUGCAUUUCAAUGUGUUAAAAUGAUUAAUGUGACUUGUAAUGUAUCAUUUUAUGUUUUCAACUUGUCUGAAGAAAAUAAUGUCAGAGAAGUUUUACAUUAAAAGUAUUUUUUAAAAU